GAACCUGGUGCGUCGACGCACCGGGCCCGGCCGGGAGCAGCGCCCCGCGCGGCAGCCGUCCUUCGGCGGCUCCGGGGCACCGGGCCGGACUUGCGGCUAUGGCCUCGGCUGCUGUGGAGAGCUUCGUGACCAAGCAGUUGGACCUGCUGGAGCUCGAGAGAGACGCGGAGGUCGAGGAGCGCAGGUCCUGGCAGGAAAAUGUCUCUCCGAAAGAACUCCAGAGCCGAGGCGUCUGUUUGCUGAAGCUGCAGGUAUCCAGCCAGCGGACCGGGCUGUACGGACGGCUGCUGGUCACCUUUGAGCCCAGGAGAUGCAUGUCUGCAGCUGUGCUUCCCAGUAACAGCUUUACUUCCGGCGACAUCGUGGGUCUGUAUGAGGACAGCGGGCAGCUGGCCACUGGGAUCUUGACCCGGGUCACCCAGAAAUCGGUCACCGUGGCCUUUGACGAGUCCCACGAUUUCCAGUUGAGUUUGGACCGAGAGCGUUCCUACCGACUGUUAAAACUUGCCAACGACAUCACUUAUAAGCGACUGAAAAAAGCUCUGAUUACCCUAAAGAAGUAUCACUCUGGCCCCGCGUCCUCGCUCAUAGAGGUCCUCUUUGGCGGAUCAGACCUCAGCCCUGCCAGUGAGAUACCCCCACUGACCUUCUACAACACCACCCUGGACGCCUCUCAGCAGGAAGCGGUGCUGUUCGCGCUGACCCAGAAGGAACUCGCCAUCAUCCAUGGGCCUCCCGGCACCGGGAAGACCACCACUGUGGUCGAGAUCAUUCUCCAAGCUGUGAAACAGGGCUCGAAGGUGCUGUGCUGCGCCCCCUCUAACAUCGCCGUGGACAACCUGGUGGAGCGGCUGGCCGGGUGGAAGCAGAGGCCCCUGCGCCUGGGGCACCCCGCGCGGCUCCUGGAGGCUGUCCAGCGGCACUGCCUGGACGCGGUCCUGGCGCGGGGCGACGGCGCCCGCAUUGUGGCCGACAUCCGGAAGGACAUCGACCAGGUCCUGGCGAAAAACAAAAAGACGCAGGAUAAGAGAGAGAAAAGUAAUUUUCGAGAUGAAAUCAAGCUGUUAAGGAAGGAGCUGAAGGAGAGGGAGGAGGCAGCCAUGCUGGAGAGCCUGGCUGCGGCCCAUGUGGUCCUGGCGACAAACACAGGUGCCUCUUCGGACGGCCCCCUGAAGCUGCUGCCGGACGGCCACUUCGACAUGGUGGUCAUUGACGAGUGUGCCCAGGCCCUGGAGGCCAGCUGCUGGAUCCCCCUGCUGAAGGCCAGGAAGUGCGUCCUGGCUGGAGACUACGAACAGCUGCCCCCCACGAUCAUCUCCCACAAGGCGGCGCAGGCGGGGCUGUCGCUGAGCCUGAUGGAGCGCCUGGCGGAGGAGCGCGGCGCCAGGGCCGUGCGGAUGCUGACCGUGCAGUACCGCAUGCACCAGGCCAUCGCGCGCUGGGCCUCGGAGGCCCUGUACCACGGGCAGCUCACAGCCCACCCUUCCGUGGCCGGGCAUCUCCUGCGGGAUCUCCCGGGGGUGGCUGCCACAGAGGAGACGGCCACCCCCCUGCUGCUGGUGGACACGGCCGGCUGCGGGCUGUUCGAGCUGGAGGACGAGGACGAGCAGUCGCGAGGGAACCCCGGUGAAGUGCGCCUCGUCAGUCUGCACGUCCAGGCGCUGGUGGACGCCGGUGUCCAGGCCGGCGACAUUGCUGUCAUCACGCCGUACAACCUGCAGGUGGACCUGCUCAGACAGAGCCUCGCGCACAGGCACCCCGAGCUCGAGGUUAAGUCAGUCGACGGCUUCCAGGGCCGAGAGAAGGAGGCUGUGAUCCUGUCCUUCGUCAGAUCCAACAGGAAAGUCUCUGCUCCCCGUGCGUGCCCUGGCUCACGAGCAGGUGAAGUUGGCUUCCUCGCCGAGGACCGGCGCAUCAACGUGGCCGUCACCCGUGCCCGGCGCCACCUGGCCAUCGUCUGUGAUUCCCGUACUGUUAACAACCACGCCUUCCUGAAGACCCUGGUGGAUUACUUCACAGAGCAUGGGGAGGUGCGCACAGCCUUUGAGUAUCUCGAUGACAUCGUCCCUGAGAACUACUCCCACGAGGGUGCUCAGGGCCAUGGCCAGGCGGGCGCGAAGCCCCGGGGCUCUGCCGCGACGGCCAGGAAGGCUCCUGGGAGCAGGCAGCCUGCGGGGGCCAGGCUGGGCCGGAAGAACCCGGGCGCGGUGCCUCUGGGCUCUGAGACCCAGCCUCAGCCCAGCCUUAGCGGAGGUGGCCGGGAGUCGGCAGGGAGCAGAGACAACGCAGAGCACUUCAGGGCCACAAUAGCGGAGUUUGUGGUGAGUGAGAAGACGCAGCUGGAGUUCCCUGCCUCCCUGAAUUCACACGACAGGAUGCGGGUCCAUCAGAUCGCGGAGGAGUACGGGCUGAGGCACGACAGCGCUGGCGAGGGGAAGGAGCGGUUCAUCACUGUCAGCAAGAGGGUCCCGCUGGCCCUCGUGGCUCCAGCACCCCCUGCAGGGCCCAGCGGCAAAGCCCCUCUCUGUCCAGAGCCCCCCAGCCCCGAGCAGACGGAGCCCCCCGUUGGGGAGCAGAGCAGCUGGGGCCAGCCGGACCUGAAGGCGCUGCACUUGGAGCGACUGCAGAGGGCAGGCAGCCGGCAGGAGCAGCAGGCCAGGGAGGGACCGCGGGCCAUGGCCUCUGGGCCACGGAAGUUACCAGAAAAGAAGAAGAAAGAAGCAAAAGCAUGCGCUCAGCUCCCCGAGGGCCUCGUGCAGGGCCCGGCAGGACCGACGGCCAUAGAUCUGCCCGCUGAGGACGACUUUGAUGCCCUGGUCUCGGCCGUCGUCAAGGCUGACAACACCUGCGGCCUGGCCAAGUGCAGAGCCAGCGUCGUGACCCUGGGCCAGCUGUGCCUACACUGCAGCCGCCGCUACUGCCUCAGCCACCACCUGCCCGAGGUCCACGGCUGCGGGGAGAGGGCUCGCGCCCACGCGCGGCAGAGGGUCAGCCGGGAAGGCGUCCUCUACGCCGGCAGUGGCACCAAGGACAGGUCCCUGGACCCCGCCAAGAGGGCCCAGCUGCAGAGGAGGCUGGACAAGAAGCUGGACGAGCUGACUGGCCAGCGGAGGAGCAAGAGGAAGGAGAAGGGGAAGUGAGGGCCGGCGCCCCACCGCCUCCACACCUCUGUGUCUGCAGCUGCGGCCGCGGGGCGAGCGGGGCUGCCCGCAGUGGCUCUGUCCCUGGCGGCUGCUCCUGGCCACAGUGUUGCCACCAGACCCACGCCAUCCCCCCCGGCCACGGGAGGACCCGCGAUGAGCUUCUCUGACGUGACAGGUUGUGGCAGAGAGGCCGGGGACACACAGCAGGGCCAGUGGCCGCUCCUCAGGGCUGUGAUUGGGGUGGCCUGGGAGGGCUGCGUCCCCUUCCUCCCUCCCGCCCUGACUGUUGCCUGAGAUGCCACCCUCUGAGUCACGGGCUGCUGCCACCAGGGUUGGGCAAUUUCUGUUCCCUUUGACACGUGCCUGGGCCUCAAACACUGUAAAAGUGAUGUCCUCGUGGUCCUGGGCUGGCCAGCUUUCUGCCUGUCAGGGGAGAGAGGGCGCGGGGUGACAUCUUAGAGCUGGCACUUCUCCUGUGUGUCCCCAUGCACGGCUCACCCCUUGUUGGGGCUGUGACUUCACGAGGCCGUUUUCUGUCUCUGUUUCCUGGUGGCUGCAGUGACCCCACAGCUCUGGAGGUCACCCCUGGGGGAGGUUUACGAAGGUUCCUUGGCUGACGCCCGCCCAUCCUUGGCAGUUCCCAUGAUGGUCUCGGGAAAGAGCCGCCCCAGAGCUCUGCUGAGCCCGCAGACCUAGAGCCCCCAGAGGUGUCCUCCCGAGUCCCUUGUUGCAGAAAAUCUCAGGUGGAUGUAUUAUUUUAUGUGUUUCAAAGGAAUAUAAAUUAUUUAAAAAUUAAAUAAAAAUAGGUACACACG